CCACCACCCCGAAAAUCGCACUGUAGACGCAGCAGCGGUGCUAAGGUGCUUUCCUCUAUAAAGAAGAGUAUCGGAAGUAUCCGAAGAGCGGUGAGCGCGGAUCGGCAAGAUAAGAGCCUCGUCAGUAGCUUCAGUUCUGCAACAACCCGGAGCUGGAAACGACGAUCCUCAGAGUCUACUCUCUGUUCACCAAAGCUUUCUACGAACGUGGACAGAAAUGAAGUUAGCGCCAGCCAGGACGCCGUCACUUGCGUUCAACUGAAAACUUUCUCCGACAAAAGCUACCUCUUCCAGCUAAAACGCACCUCGACUGCUAUUCAAUUCGGAUUUUACAUUGCGAAAGAUGCCCACGGUUUAUAUGUCAGCAGGAUCAACUCUCCCGACUACUUCGCCCAGAUGAGUAAUUUUAUACAUGUCAGCGAUCGGAUCCUGGAAGUGCAAGGUAUCUCGGCUGCUGGACUGGACAUUGCGACCGUUAGUGGUCUUCUUCUAGGUUGUCAUAUAGCCACCUUUCGGGUGAAGCCAAAUAAGCCAACCGUCAGUACACGCAGUCGCAGUCCCUUCCGUCACAGAUGA